GUGCACGUCAGCAGUGCCCUGCCACCAUGACGGGCGCAGCUCUGGGCAUGCCAGGCCAACUGGCCAACGAUUCUCUUGCCGAAUACAAACAGCGGUUCCAGACUCAGCUCGCAUUGAUUGAGGCUGAGGAACAGCGCCAGCUGGCAACCGAGGCUGCCCGCCUACAGGCUGAAGCAGCGGCAACAACUGAGAAGCAGCGGCUACAGGCCGAAGCUGACGCAGAUACCCAGGCACACCGCAAGGAAGCCCAGGAUCUGCUGCAGCGGCAUGAAGCCGCCAGCAUCGAAAGACUCAAGUUCUGGCACUUUGAAACCAACGGCGACGACGCGACACCGGAAGAGCAGCAUAAGGAGUUCCUCUCCAAACUCGUGACACGGUUGUUGUACACUCGCAACUACCAACAGUCCGAGUUAGAGAGACAGAACCAGGAACUGCAGCAACAGUACCAGGAUCUGAAGACACAGCACCAGGAGUUGGCGAACCUCCGCCGGAUGGUGCAGAGCCACGAGGAUGCUACACGGGCACUCAAUUCCCGUGUACUGGACCUGGAGCAAGCUGUACCAGGACCAGAUGCUGACAAGAUCGAGGCCCUACGAGUAUGGCCCGAGCCCACCAACACCACGGACGUUCGUUCAUUCAUGGGAUUGGCGGGCUACUAUCAGCGAUUCAUCACCGGAUACUCGAUGAUUGCUGCACCUAUGACGAGAUUACAAUCGCCAAAGGUGCCAUUCGUAUUCGAUGACGACGCACGCCGGUCAUUCCAAGCACUUAAGACGGCUAUGCUCAUGGCACCCGUCCUUAGCAUCUAUGACCCCACCUUGCCUACGAGAGUAACGACUUACGCUUCCGGCUAUGGCAUUGGGGCAGUCUUGGAACAUCACGACAACGACGACUGGCACCCUGUGGAGUAUUUCAGCCACAAAGUGCCUCCCAUCAACUCGCUUGAUGAUGCAAGGAAGGAGCUGCUCGCAUUCGUCAUGGCUCUCAAGCGAUGGCGGCACUUCCUCUUUGGGCGUCGUAGGUUCACAUGGAUUACAUACAAAAAUCCAUUGACCUACUACAAGACGCAGGACACGGUGAGCAGCACGAUCGGACGAUGGAUGUACUUCAUCGACCAAUUUGACUUCACACUGAAACAUCUUCCCGGCCUCUCAAAUCGCACAGCAGAUGCACUCCCACGAAGACCUGAUCUUUGCGCUAUGACACAUCAUGCCCUCGCAUUCGACGAGGAGCUUCAGCGACACUUCAUCCGGGGCUACGAGUCCGAUCCAGAUUUCGCCACGCUAUAUGCGCAACUAUCUUCGGAUCACCCAUCGGUCAGCCACUAUCGCAUCGCCGAUGGGUACUUGCUCCUGCACUCGCGGGGCAAGGACUUACUAUGUGUCCCACGCGACCGCCGUCUAAGGACUCGCCUCCUCGGCGAGUAUCAUGAUUCGCGACUCGCCGGCCAUUUCGGAGUCAACCGCACUAUUGCACGGCUUCGACAACGAUUCCGAAGGCCCGACCUCAUCACUGAUGUCACGAAGUAUUGCGACUCUUGCGAAGUUUGCCGACGAAGCAAACCCCGCAACUGCAACCCCUAUGGCGAGCUGCGCCCGAUGUCGAUCCCGCAGGAACCCGGUCUCUCCAUUGCCGUGGAUGUCACCGGACCAUUCCCCUGCGACCGCCUCGGACACGACGACAUCCUCACGGUCGUGGACCGAUUGAGCCGUAUCUUCGCCGACCUUCUCCUCCCACGACCAGCCGACAUCGAUGUCGCUUGCUCUCCCUCUUCCGUCCAGAAGUGCAGGGAAUUGCUGGCUCAAGCCCACGCGAAUAUGCAAAAGGCUCAAGUCCGCAUGCAGCAGCAAACCAACAGGCAUCGCGUGCCAUGUCCCAUCCGCGCCGGCGACCUGGUUAAGGUUUCCGCGGAAGAGUUUGCACUGGAACAGGAUGUCUCACGCAAACUGCUUCCCAAGUGGUUUGGACCAUGGCCUGUAACAUCAGCUGCGGGCGAUGAGCCCGAUGGCCCUUCAUUUGUGAUCAACAUUCCCCCGCAGUUGACGGUCCAUCUCGUCUUUCACGCCUCAAAGCUGGCAACAUACACACCAGCUAAGAGCGACGACUUUCCGGGCCGACAAUCGCAGGACCCUCCUUCUAUGGAUGGUCAUCAGGAAGUUGACCGUGUCAUCACCGAUCGCAAGUACGACAGUAAGCCGCGACAGUACAAAGUGACAUUCAAAGCCUGCGAUCGCGACGACACUCGGUGGAUUUCAGGAGCAGAUUUGAAAGCAUCCGCACCGCUGAUCUACGCGCAUUAUGAGAAGGAAAGGUUAGCUCAGGAAGCUUCACGACAGGCUCCUCCCACCCGGACUGUGGUCCUAGCCUCAGACAGACAGUUUCACCCUCUCAGGAGACCACUUCUUGCACCACGUAGGAUGGGGCAAAGGUUGCUACUCUCCAGUUGCGUUCUUCACUGCAACGAUGGGCUCAGAAAGUCUAAGUUGUUUGUCAGCCGAUUGCCAGAGCCGAAGAUAGAGCCACAUUUCAAGCCGUUGGAUCAUGUUCAAAUAUUGGCUGAUAUACAUCAAGAGCUUGAGACUGCGCCAAACAAGCCACAGCUUCAUCUGGAGCAGAGUUUUAUUUUCACCGGCCUUGGGGAGUACAAACUUGCACGGCAUUGUUUGGAGAGGGCAAAGCACUGGGCCACCACUGUCCACGAACUGCUGGUGUAUGAAGCAUGGCUAACAUUGGAGAAGCGCGGCGAGGCGUCAGGGCCCCCUGUUACUUGGUCUCUCACAUGGGACAGACUAUUUCCACCAAAGAAGGCGGAAUCCCCUCGGUCUACGCUGGAUUCUGCAGUGAUGAGUGGUGUGGCCGAUAAAGAGAGAGAUGAGGAUGGGAAUUUUGCCAGCGAUGGGGAUUGCGAAACUGUUUCCUCUGAGUGUUCAUGCGGUGGCAUGGACGAAAAUGACAUUGUAUUCGAUGUGUGUGGUGAGCCUGUUCCAUGUUGCAGACGGUUAAUUGCAGCUCUGUCAACUCCUUUUGAGGCGAUGCUAACAGGUCCGUUUACAGAAUCACAGAUGACUGUUAUCAACUUUGAGAAUAAUGGGAUCAGCGCAGAGGGGCUGCGGGUUGUUGACAAGUUUAGCAAAUAUGGGAGUGUGCAUGGAAGCCCAGUGGAUGUUUUGUUGGAGGUUAUGACCUUUUCAAACAAGUACUGCUGUGAGCAGUUGAAGAUGGAGUGUGAGAAAGAAUUAACUAGGUUUGUGAACAGGACUGAGGAUGCAGUCCGAUUUGUGGAAGUUGCACUUGAGGAGGGAGCCAAUUGUCUGAUCGUGCAAUGCCUUUGGGUGAUACUGCAGGAGUUGCCGAAGUCGCUAGAUAAUAUCCAAGUGAGGGAUCUGGUCUGUACGAAAGAGGGGAAGGCGCGGUUAUCAGCAGCAGGGCAUGCAUCUUUUGAGCUAUACUUUUUGCUAGGCUACACUUUGAGCAAAGAGGACAUGUCAUCGUCUGUGGCUAUUGUGCUGUUCGAACGGGCCGUGGAAUGUUGUGUUUCAAGCCGGCAGCGAGCAGUGGCUUUUCACCGCCUUGGUUGCAUUUACUUCACGAGGAAGGAGUACACUGAAGCUUUUCGCUGCUUCCAUGCGGCAGUGGCAAAUGGACAUCAAUACUCUCGUGUUGGCAUUGCAAGGAUAGCCGAUAGGACCGGUGAUCGUCAAGAAGCACUAGAGGAAAUUGCUGCACUUAUCAAUGACCACAUGCAUGGGGCACUGGGCUGGAUGUACAUGGAGCGUGCUCUGUAUGUCGAGGGUUUAUGCAAGAUGCAAGAUCUGGACGUGGCAACAAGGUUGGAUCCGACGCUGACUUAUCCGUACAUGUACAGGGCCGCAGUUUUGAUGGACCAGGCAAAGGUUCAGGCAGCAAUCACACAGCUGAACAAGAUUCUUAAUUUUAAGGUCACGCUGGAGUGUCUAGAGCUUCGAGCAUAUUUUGCCAUGGCAACAAAAGAUUACGAGUCUGCAAUUCGCGACAUCCGUGCCUUGCUAACUCUCUGUCCCAAAUACCAAAUGCACCAUGGUCAGGUGACUGCUGCCCAGGUACUACGCUUGCUCAGCCAUAGAGUUCCGUCACUAACUGUUGGGGACUGCUGGAUGAAGCUUUAUGAUCAUUGGUCAGCUGUUGAUGACAUUGGCUCUCUUGCUGUGGUCCAUCGGAUGCUAGAGAUGGAGCAGAACAAAGGCCUUCUCUACUUUCGACAGUCACUAUUGUUGCUCAGAAUUAACUGCCCGGAGGCUGCAAUGAGGAGCCUAAAGCUCGCCCGCGAUCAUGCAGCGAGUGAUCAAGAGAGGUUGGUGUAUGAGGGGUGGAUACUGUAUGACACGGGCAACCGUGCAGCAGCACUUCGGAAGGCGAAGGAGUCCAUUGCUAUCCAAGGAUCGUUUGAAGCGUACUUCUUGCAAGCUUAUGCCCUUGCCGAUUCGAGCCUUGAUGCAUCACAGUCAGAUGUGGUGAUUGAGCUCUUGGAGUGGGCCUUGAAGUGCCAAUCGGAUGGGUUGAGAAAAGGCCAGGCCUGGAACAACUUGGGGAGUGUGUAUGUCGACUGUGGCAAAUACCCUCAAGCAGAGAACUGUUAUAAAAGUGCCCUAAACAUUAAGCACACCCGGGCACACCAAGGCUUGGCAAGGGUCCAUGCUCUAAAGGGAAAUAGAGAAGCUGCAUAUAAGGAGAUGACGAAGUUGAUCGAGAAGGCGGUUAAUAGAGCAUCUGCUUAUGAAAAGCGAUCAGAGUAUUGUGAGCCAGAGCUGAGCAUGGCAGACUUGAGCCGAGUAACUCUGCUUGACCCUCUUCGGACCUACCCCUACAGAUAUCGAGCUGCAGGAGUAACAAGAGAAGAUGCCGCCUUAGUGAGAGAGAACAGGGAGAGGAAAGAGCUUCUAAAGCAAGCGAAAUUAAAAGCAAUCGCAGAGGAGCAGGUGGCGAAGAUGAAGAAGUUGGAAGAAGAGAUGGAGGAGAAGAAAAAGGCUGCCGAGGAAGAAGCAGCAGCAGAAGCAGAGGAGGAGAGAAAACGCAGAGAAGAAAAAGGGGAGAGUAGUAGCACGAAGGAGGAGGAAGCGAAAUUAGAGAAGAAGAUUACCAGUGCGCUAGCAAUAAUCGAGGACCCCCUGGAACGGCAAGAAGCAGAGGAGGAGAAGAAGUUGGAGUGGAAACUGAGGAUGAAGAGGGAAAAGAAGAGGAGGGAGGAAGUUAAUAGGUUGACCGCGGAGGUGGCAAAGGUGAGAGACUGCAGACAAGAGGUGCAGGCGCAGCCAGACAUUUCUGCCAAAAUGGAUAAGAUGUUGGGGUACUUGGAAGGGUUGAGUGAGGCCUGGAUGGAGGAGCGCCAAGCCAAUUGGGGUCACGAUGUGGCCCUGAGUGCCAUGCGGUCAGGAUUCCGGGAUUUUGUGCGCGAUAUAGUCACCCACGUUGGGGGCGAAGUUAGGCGGUUAAGAGAGAACGGGGGAAAGUUUUGCGAGGGCGCCAUCCAGGGUGCCAAAGCAGUUGCCGCUAUUGAGAGUGAGGCCAGGCCCCGUAAAGAGCCCGUCAAGCUUAAGUUUCCAGACGCAUAUGGCGGGAAGAAGGAGAAUUUUGAUAACUGGGAGGCGAGCCUAAAUAGUGUCGAUAACACCUUGGCACAUUGCUGUCUCAGUGCUCCCACGUUCGCGCGACUAGUGAGAAAGGAGCAGUUGGAGGAUCAGGUCUUCGUGGUGUAUGUCAGACCUGUCACUGAGCCUACGGAAGAAGUUAGUUCCACAGAUCCAACCAUUGCCAAGCUGCUGGAAGAGUUUAAAGACCUAACUGAGCCGCCUACAGGAGUAGUGUCGCGGCCGAUCCAGCAUAGGAUAGAGAUAGAACCUGGCAGUCGAACUCCUAAGGGCGUAGUCUACAGGAUGUCCCCUAGAGAGUUAGAGGAGCUGCGUAAGCAGUUGGAUGAGCUCCUUGAGAAGGGUUGGAUUAGGCCCAGUUCGUCUUCUUUUGGAGCACCGGUUUUGUUCGUCCCCAAGACGGAAGGAGAGUUGCGCAUUUGUAUAGACUAUAGGGGUCUGAAUGCGAUUACUGUGAAGAAUGCCGAGCCACUGCUCAGGAUAGACGAUCUCCUAGAUCGAGUGCAGGGUUGUAAGUAUUUCUCAAAGAUAGACUUGAAGUCUGGGUAUCAUCAUAUAGAAGUCGAUCCUGAUGACCAGUACAAGACUGCGUUCCGGACUCGUUAUGGGCAUUAUGAGUUUAUAGUGAUGCCCUUUGGAUUGUCCAACGCGCCAGCUACGUUUCAGCGUUGUAUGAAUGAUCUGUUUAGACCAUGGUUAGAUAAGUUCUAGUAGUCUAUUCAUAUGAUAUAUUAGUAUUCAGCAG